GGUAUAACUGGCGGUGCGCUCCUCUGUUGGCAGGUCAUUUCCGGCUGAGGAUAUGGCGGCGUCGAUGCUGUUGCUGAUGGCGACGAUGGCGGCAACGUGCUGGGGGCGCGCGGCGGGUGACUGCAACAAGCCUCCAGCCUUGGAAAAUGGCAUGCUGGAGGAUGAAUUUAUUUCAACGCCUACGUUUGAAAGUGGAAGCACGGUGCGUUACCGCUGUAUACCCGGUUAUGUUAUGGUCUCAGGAAGCAGAUUUUCCAUUACUUGUAAUGGCAACGUCUGGGGAGAACUUCAGGCCAGGUGUCAGUUAAGGUCGUGUGGGAGUCCUGGGGAAAUUCUGAAUGGGAAAGCCACGACCACCAGCAAUACGUUUGGCAGUACCGUUACAUUUACUUGUGAUGCUGGAUACCAAUUGGUGGGGAGGGCCACUCGAUAUUGUGAGGUUCAAGGGUGGAGUGGCCAGGUCCCAACAUGUGAAGCUGUGAAGUGCUCUGACCUUCCAGCGAUUGAAAAUGGGAAGUCGCCACGCACACCAAGUGGGGAAGAUUUCUGGGGUUAUGGAAUGGUGGCUGAGUUUUCGUGCAAUGAUGGCUAUUCAUUGAUUGGUCCAAGCUCCAUCAUUUGUGAAGCUGCUGGAGAGUGGAGUGGAGCGGCUCCGAAGUGCAAAGAUGUAAAAUGUCCGAAUCCCAAUACUCCUGCACAUGGCGACAUGAUAGGAGGAUUUGCUGAUGUGUAUGUGUAUGGUCAUGAAAUCACCUUCCGCUGUAAAGAAGGUUAUGUGAUGAAGGGAAAGCGCGUCAUUAAAUGUGGCGAGAAUAAUACAUUUGUACCCGCACCGCCCACCUGCCAAUCAGAUGUUAAAUGCCCGAACCCCAAGCUUUCUGAACAUCUCAACAUACCAGAUGGAUCUAAAUCUGUAUAUAGAAAAGAUGAUGAAAUCGAAUUCGCCUGCAAUGAUGGUUAUGUGAUGGUUGGAGAGAGUGUCAUUAAAUGUGGAGGGGACAGUAAAUUUGAUCACCCACCGCCCACCUGCAAACGUGAUGUUAAAUGCCCGAACCCCAAGCUUUCUGAACAUCUCAACAUACCAGAUGGAUCUAAAUCUGUAUAUAGAAACGAUGAUGUAAUCAAAUUCGCCUGCAAUGAUGGUUAUGUGAUGGUUGGAGAGAGUGUCAUUAAAUGUGGAGGGGACAGUAAAUUUGAUCCCCCACCGCCCACCUGCGAACGUGGUGCCGGGGCGAGCAAGGGAAAGACUGUUGGGAUUGUCAUUGGCGUGUUGUGUGCGUUUGCGUUUGCGUGCGCAAUUGCAGGUGUAGGAUAUUACCUAUGCAAAAAAUCCAAAGGAAAGCAAAGUAACUUGAAGAGUGACCCUGUCAGUGGACCAGCAGCUGCCAACCAGAUGGUGCCCCUUACUGCAUAGUGAUGGAAACAAUUAAAAACACACAUCAAAAGGUCAAUAAUUUGAACUGAUGUUGUUGUGAACUGGAUUAAUCGAGUGUGCACCGACCGAUGUUGAAAUGACACUGCUGCCUGGCGUGUUGGAUAAGUAUAUCGCAACGCACAGACCCCGCUGAAUUAUUCCAAAUGUUCUUGAUUUAAAAAAUAAUCUAUUGGAAGUGCGUGCAUGGGAAGUUAAGUUGCAAAGCUUCAGGCCAGAUACAAACACCUUCUUGCAAAGCAAGGUCUGUGAAACUACGCAAACUAUGGAAGUAAUUUUUUAUCUUUAUAAUGAGUUUUUCUGGAAACUUAAUUUAUUUAACAAUUGAUAGCUACUGUGCUGGUUCCACUGAAUCUAUUAGAGCUAUUUAAGUUAUUUUUGUCGAAGACUUAUGUUUAUUUCUAAAUUUAUAAUAUAGAAUUUCUCACAAGAACUAAUUCCUUUUUGUUAGAUGAUAUUUCUCCGGAUGGUACAGCUAGUUUUGUUUGUGCUGUUUAAAAUAAUUAUUGAGGAUCCAGUGCCCGUGUCCCCUUGGUCAGUAGUUUGUUGUCAUGAUGUGUCUCACAUCUGGGCAGAUGUUGGUUGGCCAGUGUGGAUCGUGCAUGUAUUAAUUAUGCAGACUGGAGCAGCUGCCAUUCCAAUCUCACAGUAAAAUUACGUUAAUAAAACUCAUUCUCAAAAUAACGUUAACUUGUACUUUGUAACUUUCAGAGAGUGCCAUGCAUUGGAUGAAGUUUUUUUUCUUUGCCAAAUUGAUGCUGGAAACAUUUGUUUUUUAACUUCCCAGUUUUCCUGCUUUUGAGAUUUUUCUGGUGAAAUGUGCGAAUAGCAUUACUCAUCGUUGAGGUUGUGUAGCGUGGAAACGGACGUGAGGUAGUGAUUAAUGCAGAGGUCAAUAACGUGACUGUCACUAGAAUGGACUAGUUGGGCGGGCAAGGGUCAGGUCUGACAGCACCCUGAGGUGAGCUCACCCCUCCCCCCCCCCCCCCGCCCUCGCCGUUGGCUGACACGUGUAAUGGUGCACAGAUUUGUGACGUCCAAUUGGAGGUUUGAGCUUGGUGCAGGUGCCGGUGGUCUUUGUGGUGGAGCAACUCAGUGCUGUUGAACCCUAGCACGCCCAUGAUCAAAACUAACUUCACACAGUUGUGUUGCCUGCUGCAGCUGCAUGUUACCUGUCAGUGCCGCGCACACAAGGCCACCCAGACCUGUCUCCACCACCCACCACUUCAACAAUGCUGUUUGUUUGAGCUAGAGGAACAGCCCCUGUACUCCGAAGGUAGACACCUUUGCUCUGUCUGAGUGGUCUACAACCCGAUUGCAUCAGUGCUUAUUUUUCUAAUUUCAGGGUAACCCGUUCAUCCCUCGCGUGUCCCACCCUCGCCCACACAGCUGCCUCCCCGCCCGCACGCACACACGCUCCUGUGUCUUCCCCCCCCCCCUCCCCCAACCUCAACCCUCCCCAUCUAAACCACCCACCCACACACAAGCUCCUGUGGCCCACCCGUCCCCCUCCCCACACCAACCUCCCUCCCCCCCCCAUUUGCUCCCACACUCCACUUUCCCAUUGGGUUCUGUCACCUGUACCCCCUGAGCUCCUCUGCCAAUCGUGUCCCAGUUAUCUCUCCCCUCCUAACUCACCAUCACCCAUCCUCACCUGGAUCCACAUCGCGUGCCAGCUCCUGUCCCAUGCCUCCCCCUUGCCUCUUUAUACUAGCCCUCUCCCACAGCUCCACAGAUGCUGCCCGACCCACUGAGCCCCUCCAGCUGCUUGCUUAUUGGUUCAAAAGCAAUCUUCAGCUUUGUCUUCAGUUAAAAGCUGCAGACGCUGGUUUAAACCGAAGAUAGACAUAAAAAGCUGGAGUAAUUCAGUGGGACAGUCACGUUGAGGUACUUCGGCUGCCUUCAGUGUAGAACGUAGACCUGGUUAUAUCAGGUGCAGCUUACAUUCUUCUGUCCAGUUGGACGGUGUGAUUGACAGCUGAGGUUGGGUGCGUGCGGGUCCUGUACUGCAGGCGUUGAGGAAUGGGGGGAUGUUGAUUCUCUACAGGAGUUUUGAGGCCAAGUAUUAUGGUUUCCAGUAACGGGCAGGGCAGGGGAAGGGUUGAGGCCGGGGACGUGAGAUGACGCUGAUGAAAUUCCCAACUAAACCAGAGCACGGCUGAGAAUUCCUGUCGAUCCGAGUUGGUGAAAGCGAUUGAAACAAACAGGAUUUGUGUUAUUGUCUAUUACUGCUGUUGAUUUAGCAUUAAUUUGUCGCCUGGGUUGAAGGAAUAAAUGCACCUUGUGGCCUUAAGCACUUUUAUUUAUAAAUUCCAAGCUGCAGCGGCAUUGAACUCUUUGCUUGCAACUUAGCUUUUCAUUUUUAUUUUUAUGAAUCAAAUCGUGCAAAAAGAACUGCUUUAUUUGUACACUUGUGGUAUUCGCAUCUUAAAGAGAAAAUAUUGUGUCUGCGUUUUUACGCCAGUGUUGUAAAUGAUUAAAACUACGGUUGAAAUGACAAUUGUUAGCGAGGAAAUGUUGCGUACGUUGCAGCAAGAUUGUUCUUAGCCUGGUGCCAAGUUCCAGGUACGUGAUCUGUUCCCCUGUAACAGUUGGACACUGGGUAGACCCAAGCCCAUGCACAUGUGAUGUGCCUUUACAUGUAAUGCACUAAGCUUUCUAAAUCAGUUGUACACGAUAAAACAGACUUAACGUCAAAGGUCUGUAAAGUUCCGAAUGUAAUGACGACAGCCAAACUUCCAAAAUAGGGUGAAAGAAAGAUGAUUCAGUUUGUUUCUGAAGUUUUCUGUGCACCUUUGAGAUAAUGUCCUUAACAUUAUAUGUAGUUUCAAAGCACUUAACUGAUAAUGAUAAUAAAUUGCUGCAUUUUUUAACUUC